UGGUGUGAUCCAACUGAUGAUCUUAACUGGAAUCUCUUUUUUAAAAGAUCAAUCAAUGUAAAAUAUAAAAUAGGUGAUUUGUCAGAUCUUUCGCUUCGACAUGAGAAUACUCCCCUCAUAAUCCUUUCAAGGCAUCAUUUAUCCUUGCCGUUCAAUCACACGAAUUCAGCGGGAUCACCGGAUUUGAGGAGCUCAUCUUUAUUUGCAGAUAUUCUGGAUCUUCGUUAA